CUUGCGUACAAGUAAGGCAUUUGGAUUCUUUCUGCUCUCUACCUCGUGACAUGCUGGCAAUGAAGCGAAGACGACCAUCAGACUUGUCAACCCUGUCGCCGUCACCGCUUGACCCCAGCCGAUCACUAAAGCCCAUAUGUGUGCUCGAUCCAGCGGCGCAAGCUCCUCUCCUCACUGCAACCGCCUAUUCAGAAAACGACCCAUCCCAUACCAACUUGGACGAGUCUGUUCUAGAGGCGAUGGAGAAAACCCUCCUUCGGUGUAUUCAGUUUAUCCUCUGCUCCAUCGACCCCGUCCAGGCAAGGAACGUGGCUCAAUGCGUCCUGCACGUUUGCCGCCGCCUGCCUGUGUUGUCGCCAUUCGCCCAUGCGUUGGAAGCGAAUGCAGAUGUCCAGAAACUACUCGAACAUGUCGACAAAUCAACGACUAUCGAGCUUUCUGUCCACCAAGCAACGUCGACAUCGUCGUCGCGGUGGCAAUGGCUAUGGCCGUUUGGAAGUCGAACACCCGUGGGAUCUCCUCGCGGCAACGCCAUGCAUCACAAGUCAAUGUUCGAUUGCAGUCAAUGCGGGAACAACGACACUGACGACGAAGAUGAUGAUACGUCCGACAUUGGUUGGGCCGUGCGAUACAUGCAGCGCGAAGCGAAGCUUCCUCAAGAAGUUCAUCGGCGGAUGCAGUUUAUGAUGCAUACACAGGUCCCAUUGAAUCUGUUUCGCGUCCAGGUCAAGUACGCCGAGAAGGAAGACAUGGACGACGCGUUGAUCGGGAAAGUGUCUCCAGAAAGUUUUCCCCCGACGCCAAUCGGGCGCGAAUUCCACACUCAGCGAGUGACUCAUUACACUGUCGCCGUCUUGGACCGAGCCAACCAGGCACUCCAACACCUCAACGCCCGCAGUUUGACCGACCAGUGAGUGCCACCGUUGUUUAAUUUAACAGUAUAUAUCAACAUUGCAGCAUCCACGCAUCGGAUUGUGCCUACACCGCGUUCCGUGCAAUCGUAGCGCUUGGAAUUCUCAAAACCCUCUCCUCAUAGCGCAGGCAUCGUCAUGCCAAACCACGACGGUCGUUGGAGAAACGACGAAAGAUCUUCCGGCAGGUUCGAUCGAGUGCCUUUCGAAUUCGACGGGCCAGCUUGGCCAGAUGACGUCAUUCCAACGCUUCUGCGCCGGGUUGUCAUGUCCGUGACGAACAAUCACGGGCAGGUUGCGAUGCGAACGUUCGAAGGGUACGGGGCUCAGUGUCCUUGGUCUUGUCAGGGCGCUCACGUGAAUGGAAGAGCACGUAGUUUGGUGUCUCGGGGACACCGCCUUUCGUGGUGGCCAUUACGUGCGAAAAAAAUCGCCCGCGCGAUGAAGAUUCCCGA